AUGAAAAUACGAACAAAGGGUGACGUGUGGUUCGACGUUGUCUAUGACGAGGUUGAAGGGUCAAAAGGGAUAGCGCCGAGAGCAAUGGUAAUUCUGAAGAAGCAGCUUCUUGCACUGAGUCAGCAGGUCCCAGUGGUGAAAGAUGGAGAAAAAGGUGAGUUCAAUGGAACAGCGGGUGACGGUAACGCAACCCAGGCACCAGAGCAGUCCAGUUACUGUCGGAAGAGCGUCGAGCCCAACAAAUUGGUAUUUUUUGGCAGAUCUGGCGAGCGUCAUGAGAUAUAUGUUCCCAAGGGUACUCUUCAAAAAGCUAUCGACCUUUUACAGGAGGAAAACUGGGAUGAGCUUCUCAAAUUCCCUCCUUAUAUGGAUCAAGGAUAUAAGGACUGGGAUUGA